GGGGGUGGAGGAUAUGUAUGAUGCUUCUGAAAGCUCACAACAGAUGAAACCACAGAUGGUAAAGCGAGAGAGAGAGAGAGAGAGGGAGGUGCGGAAAUGCUCAGUAUUUCACACUGACUUACUGAGGUACAGCUUCAUCGGCAGCAGCAGGUUGAUGUGCUGAAGAAAGAAACAAACAGCAGGACUCAUCUAUCAAAGGUGCCGGCAGACCUGCUAGGAAUGGAGGAGCUGACUGAGUAAGCAAGAGUCUUUUGCAUCCCAUUGACAAAUACUGGCAAGGUGGAAAACUUGUUCUUAUCAUCUUCCGGGCAUCUACUAUUUCAUUGGUGGUUUCCUGAAUUUAACUUUGUACUGGAAGACAUGCAAUGAAUUGUUUUUAAAAGGUUUUUAGUUUAGUUUUUUUUUUUUUUUUUUGUAUUUCUUACUUGUGGAUAUAUUCUAGAGGAAGUUAAGGAGCCUGUCAGUUUGCAGUACUUCCAGGUUUCUCGUCCUCAUUUCUUAGUACUUGCCAUCAGCUACCUGUCUACCAGUCUUUGCCCUCUAACUCCCCCUCUUGGAUCUGGCAUGUAUGAGGCAGCCUGGGACCAUUUCAGAAGUGCAAACCUGGUUGCCAACAAAAGGUGUAUUGAAUGAAAGGGAGUAACAGCAUGAGCAGCGGCUAUGGCAGUUUGGAAGAAGACUUGGACCUUGAAGACCAGUUCUUCACAGCCAAGUCAACACUUAUUAGGCGAGCAGCAAAGAAAUAUGGGAUCAAGAAUGAUGCCAAACAAGAGAUACCAAAGGAACUUUCCUAUCAAGAAAUUAAGAAGAAGAUUGAAGACUACAAUUCUGAAGUCUCUGACUGCCUUGGGAUGAAAUUGAGUGAGGACUGCACCUACACUGGAUUCAUCAAGGUGCAUUUGAAGCUACAGCGGCCUGUGACAGUUAACCCCACAGAAGGCUCAGACAAAAAGACCUCCUUCUACUUGCCUAUGGAUGCUGUUAAACAACUGCAUAUAAUCAGCACCACCACAGUCAGCGAAGUUAUUCAGGGCCUGCUCCUCAAGUACAUGGUUAUCGACAAUCCCCAGAAAUUCGCACUUUACGGACAAACACAGAGAGAUGGCCAAGAACUUGUACAGAAGCUGCCAAUGCAGGAACACCCUUUGGUCUUGAGGCUCAAUGCUGGUCCAGAUGCCUCCAAGCUAACUUUUGUACUAAAAGAAAAUGAAUCACAGGAAGUAGAGUGGCACGCAUUCUCAGUCCCAGAGCUGCAGAACUUCCUAACAAUUCUGGAAAAAGAAGAACAGGACCGAAUAAAGCAGGUGCACGCAAAAUACGACAGAUAUCGACGUAAACUAAAGAAGGCCUUAGAAGAGGCAGAAGGGAAGCCAGGAUAAUCCACAGAAAAUACGUGACUGAUACGAAUUUCACUCAGGACUCUCUUGCAGGAAAAUGAGGAAAGAACAAGACCCCCACGUGUCUUGUUAGUCCUAGGAGCUUCUUUUUCUUUUCUUUUUUUUCUUUUUGUGAAAGUUUCAUUUGGACUGACUAGUUCUGGAAACUCUGAUGGUUUUUUGGUCAAGUAGUCUUCAACUGCUGCUAUUGCAAAACCCACCAUGCGUUUGUGUUUCAGCUCUGCUAGACUGGUGCUGCUUGGUUUUUCUGCCACUGCUGGAUUUGGAUGAGAGCAUUCUGGUUCAAAUAUGGAGGCGAAAAACAAUAAUUAAGGAUAAGGUCCUCCUCAUUUUUAAUAGCAUUUGGUAGUAAGGGGCAACUUUUUAAUUUGUGGGGGGAAAAAAUCCUUUAAGAUAUUUUUUAUUAAUUAAAAAAAAACAGUUUUGGUAGUGAUAAGGAUUUUCUCUUUAAAUUCUGUGAAAUCAUAACUUUGUUCUUUUAGUUACUUCAGAUCCAAUUAGGUUACAGUAUUAUACUGUUGUGAAUCAUCUAGCAUUUGUCUGCAUGUUAUUCAUGUUAAACCUAACAGGGCUUUCAGAAGAUUACUGUAAACGCAUAAACGGACAUCCUUAUUCUGCCAGGGUUGCCUGGAACUUUGUCCACAAGUCUGUCGUGUUAUGAUUAACCAAGUUAAAAGUCGCACUUGAAGAUGCCUCCGAUGGCUAGUGAUGGAUCAUGCGAGUGUGCUGUCCAUAUGUGUGUGUACAUAUCUUUUAUUAUACGCAUAGUGAACUAUUGACUAGCGGUACUCUGGGCCAAACACAGGAAUAAUCGGUAACAAAUUUUUUUUUCAUUCUUGUGUGUUUUUUGUUUCACAAUGAAUCCCAGUGCCUUCAUAGGUGUAAAUGUUCUGAACUAUUUCCUAAUGUCAAGCGCACGACAAGAAAAGAUUGUAAAGUGUGGCAUACUGUAAAUAUUGCACAAAAUAAGGGGUCCUUGAAACAUAAAAUAUUUUCCAUAAAACUCCAUGAAGGAGGCCAUGAAAUUGCAGAAUUUCUAAACUGUUGAUUCAGAAUCCAAAAACUUUGAACACGGCUCCAUUUUGUAAACCUUCCCAUUCAAAAUUUUGUAUUUCUGAUCAUUUUUACACCAGAUUAACAAAAAGUCACCUUUCAGAGAAGAAAGUAAACAAACUCACAGGCACGCUAAACAGUUAACAGAAUGUAAUGUUUAAUACUCCUUAAUGUGCAACCAGAAAAUGGCCAAUAAAUUGGCUGUGAGAGAGAAUAAGCAAAAAUUAUUUUUACUCUUUAAGAUAAUGUUUUCAGAGUGGUCGAUGGGUUCCAGAAUAUUGGAUAUAAAUAGUAACUCAUUUAAUUUCAAUCCAUUUUGUUCACAUUUUCAGUGGGUUGGCUAUAACUGUGAUCUUGGGCUGUCUGUGACCUCCACACAUGUCUCAAUAAUCAAAGGUUGACUCCAUGGACACUAAACAGAACUGCAGUUAUCUCUGUUUUCUUGAUAAGCUUUGUUUCUUAUCCAGUACAACAAUCACUAGUAUUAUAUAGCAAUGCAUAAUGAGAGGUUGUGUGUUUGCCAAUUACAGAAAAAAAAAAGUUGUGAGAUUCUCUGAAAUCGGACACGUGGUAUUUUACUACCCUCUGAUACUCGGACAUCAGGCAUUCCAAGUGGGCUGUCUUGAAUGUUCAUGUAGUUACAUAUGGAGGCCUUACCAUGCAUGGCCUUUUCAGAGAAGCUCACAAACUGACUGGAGUGUCACUUGUCCCACCUCCUCAAGUGCUGAGCCUGACUGAACCCCAGUAUGACAGCAGCUGACACACAUGGCAUUUGCAGAGAGGCAAGAAGUGCUGCACAGCACAAUGGAAAAAUCCAGCCCUGAUUUAAUGGUUCACCAGGAAAUGAGUGAAAGACUGAACUAUUUCACAGCUGGAUCUCUUACAGAGAUUGCUGGAACAGAAGGGGAUGUAAUGUGGGAUUCAAGUCAGGACACAACAUGUGUUUACAAAAGAGGGGUCCGCUAUAGCAAUGUAGAGUCAUAUGGACACAAAAAAAAGAAGAAAUUAAAAAAGCACAAAAUAAAUCUAAGUCACUGUCUGCUUAAAAAAAGGAUCUCUUUUAGUAAACGUAUUGUUAUGGAUUAUUGUUUCUAUUAUAACUUUAAUUUUAAUGUACACAUUUCAUUAUUCUAAAACAUGAAUGUGACACAUGCACCACUUCAGUUGUAUAAUUGGGGGUCCUUUAUAUACACAUGCUACCAGUCUGGACACACCCAGAAAUUAUCCUUUUUUUUAUAUAAACUGAUAAGAUACCAUUAAAUCAAUUUAAAAAUACAGACAAGACCUUACUAGUGGUUCUAAUGGCUACUACUGCUUGAAAUGAUUAGAUUUUUGUUUUAUUAUUCACAGAUGACUGUGAAGCUCCUUUUUCAGCAGACAUUCUUAAAGUUCAGUUAAGGUUAAAAAUGGCUAAAAUGAAACAUGCUGGUCUACUGUUUUAUUGCAGAAUGAAGAUUAUUCCAUAUGACAGAAAGUCAGUACUUUGUGCUCCAUGUGAUCAAAAUAACAGGUUUCAGUGGUGCUAGUGCAAUUCCGAAGGUUUCUCUAAUAACCAAUUAGCAUAUAAAUACAACUAAUCAAGGACGAGUUAAGGGAGUUAACCGUUAAAACACACUGAAGGAAUGGCUACUGGACACAGGGCUUUGCAGUCAUACAUAUGUGAAUAAUAAAUUAAAAUCAGGCGUUUUAAGCAGCAAUAGCCAUUAGCAUCACUAGUAAUGUCUUAGCUGUAUCUUUAAAACCAUUUAAUGGUAUUGUGAUAAAUAAAAGGUCCUGUCAAAACAUGUACAUUUCUGUGUUUGACCAGACCUUUGACCAGUUGUGCAUGUGUGUGUAUAUAUAUAUAUAAAUAUAUAGAGAGAAAGAGGGAGAGAGAGAUGCAGACAAACAUGCAUAUAUGAGUGAGAGAUGAGUAAUUUCAGCCUUCAUCAGCAAAAGGAAAGCAUACGUGCAGUUUCAUGCCACCCUGAAUAUCUCAGCAUUUCCACUCUUUAGAUGUGUGUGUUUGUCAGUGCAGAAUUGCCCUUCAUCUGUUUGUGUUUUUUGUUUUGAGGUUGUUUUUUUUUUUUAUAAAUAUUCAGACACACACCCCCCCAAUGUCACAAUCAAUGUAUUGUAACAGUCUACUGAUGAACAGUUAAUUAAAAUCUCCUACUUUAUAAAGGCCAAGUACUCGCCCACUCGGCUAAACAAAAGUUGGGAAGGUUAGUUCAGGUAGAGGGGGACAUUCCUGAUUAAUAACCCUGCAUUAACAACGUGCCCCAGGACCAUCUGUAAAGGGGGGGGCCGCUGCUAAGUCACUCGACGAGUGGCCAUGUGAGACACACCCGUACCGCUAACCAGGAGAUAUCUGCCACUUUGCAGUGUCGUUUAGGUUGUAGAGGUGCGUUAGGUGAACAGUGUAAACCUGUGCCGUCUUUGGCCAGUGCACUUUGCUACUUUAGUUGCGAGCCACGUGGGUGAAUUUGGGUCUUGUUAGAUGCCAAAUCCCUGGUACUUCAAUAAGCUCACACAUGCACAGAAGGGUUUGGUACUGAGAGAGAUUGAAGUGCAAUAAAAAAAAGAAAAAAAAAACAACAAAAUGAAUCUGACAGUAUGGACAAGAUAUUUUUGCAUGCCAAGUAUUUGAAUGGUUUGUGCGCUAGCUGUGGUGGGUCGUAAAGAGGACAUGUGUUCUUUGUUUCAUACAUAAGAAAUGACAGCAGUUUUGUAUGUAGGAUAGAAAUUCAGUAAUUUAUUAUUUUAACAGGGAAAAAAAAUAUCUAACGUUCAUCCUCUGUGCCUUGUGGUACCCUAACCCUUAUGCCUCUAAACAAAAUAUUAUAUGUAAAGUGUAAUAUAUACAGUAUAUAUAUAUAUAUAUAUAUUAUACAUAGAUAGCAAGAUGUCUAUAGCACACCUGACAGCGUUUGGAUGUGCCACGUCAAACCUGCUCUGUCCGCUGGAGUGUGCGGCCCAACUGCCUCCCUGAAAACAUAAGCUGUUUAGUAAAGCCUCCAAUAGGUACCUGGUAGGGGCUCAUGGCAGAGACCACGUGUUCUCAUUUAGAAAUGAGGGUGCAGCCUAAAGCAUCAUACGGAGUACAGUCGGCCAUUGUGGCCCAGCCUCAUGUGUGUAACUGGUUUCAGUCGAUCCAGGCUGGUGGUAGUCUGAAGGCCAUUUCGGAAGCAACUUUCUUAAAGGAUUUUGUUUUAUUGUUGCUUUGUAUAAAGUACUCCAUCACAUUUCUAAAGAGUUAGUGGUGCCAUUGUGCGUUUGUUCCACACGCCAUGCCAAGGAAUUUGAGAUGAAACGGAUAGGAAAAGGAAUAAUCCAGGUAAACAUCCACAGUUGUGUCCCCAGCACAACUCAUUUCCAUCAGUAUUUUUCAAAACAUCUCAACCUAAACAAUUGCCUUUUACAACUGAAAAGACUACAAGAACACCAGCAGGAUUGGAACGCUUUUGUGCACGUUGCCUUUUUUAUUUGGAUGUUACUUUUUCUUUCCCCCCCAACAGUUAUGGUCAGUAGGCCCAGGUGAAGAACAUGCAGUGUAACAGCUGGAGGUGCCUUUUCACUUUCUGUUGCCUGGACUGACUGGAUGUACACGAAUGAGUGCGUUUGUAUGUAUAUAUUGAGAAAUGUAAAAUAUAAAUUUACUAAAGCAGCAGGUUCGUAGCUGCACCCAUGCUUGGGCCGAACUUUGGGAAAUCUAUUAAUUUAUUUGGGUCAUUUGUUACCAAGAUGUUCAAUUUCUUUCAGGUUAUUUUUCUGGGGGGGCGGGGGUCUGCUUAUUGACCACAGUGUAAAAAGUGUAAAACUGUACAAAUGAGGAAAAAAUAAAAAAAAAAAGUGAUAGCAGUUGAUAUAUUGCUCGGAGUUUGUUUUUUCUCUCCCACCAACAGCUGAUACUUGCCCCUAUUAAAGUAUUUCCAUAUGCUUCCAUUUUUGCCUCUGACUGAAGUGGAUGAAGCAGCCUCAAUACUGAAAGCACUUUUAUCAAUCCACUCCCUUUCUCCACUCGUUACUUACAUUUUAAGC